CACAAAUUAAAUUUUCUGUUGGUGUAGAACGUUGCUUCGCAUUCAAAAAAACCCAGUCAAUUUUAAAUCUGAGCUGAAAAUGCUGAAAUUGUUUCUACUGAACCUCGUUCUGUCCAUUAUCCUCCAACUCUGCCUAUCUCUCAAAGAUGGUAGCGUACAAAUACCAGUAACCGACUCAUACCUCACCCCCACAACCAUCCUCGCUAUCGGACCCGACACCGACCAAACAUACCUCCGAGUGCUACUCAGCACGGCCAGCUCUGAGACCUGGGUCCCAAGUGUGGACUGUAACCCCUUGUUUACUUGGUGCCGCCAGCACCGCCACUACAACUACAAAGAGUCCAACACCUACGUGGACAGCCACCGGAACUUCACCACUCACUUCCUGGACCACGAUCUUACAGGUCGUGUUACGUCUGAUCGGGUAGAGCUUGGUGAGGAGGUGAUACUGGACUUUGAGUUCGGGGAGGCGAUCUCUUCGCAUAUAGACUUUACCUACUCUGAACAUGAUGGUGUUGUUGGUCUAGGACCUAAGAAAACUUGUACAACCGGCACUCCCCUCACAGUACGACUGUUAAACGCUGGUCUGGACGAUGCGGUGUUCUCUUUCUCCUUCUCCUCUGAUGACAAGGGUAGUCUAGUGAUAGGAGAAGUACAGCAUGAUAAGUACACUGGAAAUAUUGUCUGGAGUAAGAUAGUUAGUGAAGAGCGCUGGCAGAUAACCUCAGACAGCCUUAGAAUUGGGUCCAGCACUCUGUGUGGAGCGGAGUGUGUUACUGAGUUUAACACGGAGAUUGAGAUGAUAAUCGGUCCUACCGAUCAAGUUGAGCAGAUAUACAAACUGCUGGAUGCUAGAGAAAUCCCUGGAGUCACCAUCAGGAGUGUGGAAUGCGCUAAAGUUGAUAGUUUUCCGGAUCUUACUUUCUCCGUGAAAGGACACCAGUUGACGAUAACCUCUGAGGACUAUGUAGAAAGAUCUGAAGUAGUCCACAAGGUUGAGCUGUGUUUCCUCAUGAUAACCGCGGUAGAAGAAGAGGUGGAUGAUCGGUGGAUCAUGGGAACUUUAGCACACAAGGCUGUGUAUGUGGUUUACGAUUUCGGGAGAAACCAAGUUGGCCUGGCUGAGGCUGCUUAAACGCUUCAAAUUAGGAUAUUUCGAAUAAGUUGGAUCAAUUUUGUUCAUAAUUUCCCAUGCUAUAUUUUCAUUAAUUCUAAAUCUAUUCUUAAUGGUGUGUUUGCAACUUUACUGGUGUUAAUCUGUAAACUUAU